AUGAGCAAGUCAUUCCAAACCUGGAUUGGCUUGGUGAGGCCGAGACGUUGUUACAGCGACGUUAAAAGACCAUUAAACAUUUUGUUCUUCGGUUCAGAUCAAUUUAGUGUCCAUUCUCUAAAGGCUCUUCACAAAUUGAAAGAAGAGGAUCCUCAUUUGAUUAGAACAUUACAAGUAGUUACGAGGCCUGCCAAAAAAUGCGGAAGGAAUCUGUCCGUUACGCGGGACGUACCAAUUGCAAAAUAUAGCACCCACUUGGGGCUUCCACCCGUAAUCGAGUGCGAUUCCCAACAGGACAUGCUGGGACCUGUGAGGGACAAACUUAUGGAGGGCCAAUUUAACAUGAUCAUAGCCGUCUCAUUUGGGAAACUGAUUUCCAAAAAGCUUCUGGCGGAAGUGCCUUACACGCUCAACGUGCACCCCUCGCUUUUGCCACGCUACAAGGGCUCAUCUCCCAUCCAGUACACUCUCUUGAACCAAGACGCUGUGACAGGCGUCUCUAUCCAGACACUACACCCGGAAAAAUUUGAUUGUGGCCGAAUUAUCGCUCAAACGCCGCCCCUCAGAACUUCAGAUCUGCUACUUCGAGACGGAUUGCAAAUUCAUGAACCCAGCUACAUGUCCGAAUCUGCAGUGCCUCCCAAAGUCGCUAAAUUGAUGGAUGUAUUAGGGGACAUAGGCUCAGAAUUACUGGUGAGGGUGAUUCGGGAAGGAGCAUACAAGGCCCAGAAUAUCUUUUCCCCACCGUUUGCAGAGAGCUUCGCGCCAAAGAUUACGACCGACUUACGACAGAUACAAUGGAAUUCAACUACAAGCCAACAGGCACUCAGUAAAAUCGGCGCUUUAGGACCAGUCUACUCAUUCAAGGCGGCUCAAAGAAAAAGUCAAGAGCCGCUGUUGAAGAGGGUCAUAUUUCACAAACUCAAACCUUGCACUGAUACGUGUGGAACACCAAUAGGGCAGCGACCUGGAUCGUUCUACUAUGACGAUAUCCGUAAAUGUAUUCUCGUGAGAUUUGUUGAUGGCACAGUGCUCCAAUGCCCUGAAAUACAAUUUGAAGGUUCAAAAAUCGAGGGCCCCGAACAAUUUAGCAAAAGUCUUCGCAAACGGUGCGGUAGGUGCGCCCAGGAGGCCUUCUUCUUGUGA